AUGAUGCAGCCGCCGCCGCCGCCGCCGCACUUGCGGACACACAGGAUGCUCCGGUCGAAGCUUCCUCAGAGGAGGCGGUCUCAGUUCUCCCCUCUCCCUUGCUUCUCGCGCAACUCCGCCGUCUCCGCUUCCGUCGAUUCCAGCUACUUGGACGGCGAGGUCUCCGUCGGGACGGCGGACGCGAAGAAGGAGAAGAAGAGCGCGAGCGCGAGCACUCGGAAGAGGCGAUCCGAUGCUGUCGGAGGCGGCGAUUGCGAGUUUAGGAGAGCGACGAGGUCGUCGUGCAAGCGACGACGGGAGGAGGAGGAGGAGGACGAAGGCGGAGUUGCCGAAGCUGUUGCGGAGGUCUCGGUGUCGGAGUCGUGUUCCGGUUCGUCUUUCGAGGUUGAUUCCAAAGAGGAGAGCUCCGAGUUGAAAGACACCGGAACCUACCAUGGUUUGAAGGAGUUCAGAGGAAAUGCGGCUUCGGAGUCGAUCGCGCGAUCGGAGAUCUCCUGCGUCCACCAGCAUUCGCCGGCGAAGUCCAGUGAGCUCUCCAGCGGAUUGUCGAGGAACAGAAAUGCUGAAAAUGAGGUCGUCUCUCUCCCGUCUUUUGUUGACUCGUGCUCCAAGGCAACUAGCGGUUUCCGAAUUUCCGAAUUGGAGGACGAGACGCUUGAAGUCGAGUGCCAUGAGAACAGAGCAUCGUCGGAGAUUUUCUCUGAAACAACAAAAGGUCACGUCACCGGUUGUUUACUCGCUUCAAAGUCGGAAUCGACUGUCGAUCAAAAGCCAGGCUCCAUCAAUUACGACACCGACCUCGCCUGCACAGAGCAAAUCGCGUACGACGACAUCUCGGACCACUCUUCCGAUCUCGAUUCAUUCUCCGAGCUACAAAAGGAGCUAUUCGAGGAAAACUCGGACGAAUACUCCUCCGAGUACAUUCUGUCGAUUUCCUCUGAAUCUGGAUUUGAGUUCUCCGAGAAAUCAGAUGAAGAUUCGAAUCCUUCCCCAACCUUCUCUUUUCUCCUCCAGUACAGGGAGCAAUAUUUGAGAUCAAGUACCCGUGCAGACAACCACAAAGCUCGGAGUCUCAGUUCUGAAGAGGAUGCGGAGAGCUAUCAGCUGUUGAGAAACAGAGAGAGGAGAGAAGUCUUCUUGCGGAACUACGUUGAGGAGUACGGUGAGCCCGUGCUCAAGGAAAGGACGCGCAUGGUUCACUGGAUUAUUGAGCAUUCUAGUGCGAGAGAGCUCCACAACGAGACUUUGUUUCUAGGGGUGAGCCUCUUCGACAGAUUCCUUAGUAAAGGAUACUUCAAACAGCGAAGGAACUUCCAAAUUGCUGGAAUAGCCUGUCUCACCCUAGCGACCAGAAUUGAGGAGAAUCAACCUUACAACUGCGUAAGACAAAAGAACUUCCGUGUGGGGAGAGACACCUACAGCAGAUGCGAAGUGGUGGCAAUGGAGUGGUUGGUACAAGAGGUUCUCAACUUUCAGUGUACAUUGCCUACCAUACACAACUUCUUAUGGUUCUACUCAAGAGCUGCAAGAGCUGAUGCUAGAGUGAUUAAGAGGACCAUAAACCUGGCAGCUUUAGCUCUGCUAGACCAUGAGCAGCUGUCCUACUGGCCUUCCACAGUUGCAGCUGCGCUUGUCAUCCUAGCAUCAGUGGAAGACGCAUCCUGCAAGCGAGUCAUGCAGACUCAUCCCAGAACAGAAGAUGAUGAUAUAGUGAGAUGCAUGGAGAGCUUGCAGUGGGUAGCAAACUACAUUGCGGAAUUAGCGGAUUGACAACGCAGUAAAUCAGCCUUACGUUCAAUUAAACUCUACUUUCCAUUAUAUCCAUACAAAUCGAUUGAUAAAAUAG